GCUGCAAUAGCGACCUUCCGUAACCGAAAGGAGCGAUGGGAAGACGGAAGCGAGCGCUGUUAACAGCGGGCUGCAGCGUGAGCAGAUGAAGAGACGGAAGCGAGUCAUGUUACCUGAAAUGAUGUGUGGUCCACGGAGUUCUGUGCCGCUUCUGCUGAUCUUCACUGUUCUCUUAAGCUGGCCGUUACUGGUAGAAGUUAAGGAGCAUCACAUACGGGCCAUUACGGACAAUAACUGGAAAGAUAUCUUGGAAGGGGAGUGGAUGAUUGAAUUCUAUGCUCCAUGGUGCCCUGCUUGCCAGCAACUUCAGAAAGAAUGGGCUGACUUUGCAGAGUGGGGGGAGGAUUUGGAUGUGAAUAUUGCCAAAGUGGAUGUUACCGAGCAACCAGGUCUAAGUGGCCGAUUUGUUAUCACCGCUCUUCCAACCAUUUAUCAUUGUAAGGAUGGUGCCUUUAGGAAGUACCAAGGUAGCAGAACCAAGAAUGACUUCAUAAAUUUUAUUGACGAAAAGAAAUGGCAGGAGAUCAAGCCAGUGUCUUCAUGGUUUGGACCUUCCUCUUUAGCGAUGAAUGUUAUGUCUGGACUUUUCAAGCUCUCCAUGUUUAUUAGGCACUGCCACAAUUACCUGACUGAAAAUGUUGGUAUACCUGUGUGGGGCUCCUAUGCCAUUUUUGCUCUUGUUACCCUCUUCUCAGGACUUACACUGGGACUGAUCUUGGUUUUUGUAGCUGACUGUGUCUUCCCAACGCAUCGAUAUUCUGUGCCAGCGUAUCAACAAAAGAGACACGCUCAAGAGCAGGCCCGUCUAAGGAACAGACUAGAGGCUGAACAGGAAGCAGAUGUUGAAGAUGAUGAGGAAGAUGAGGAUGAUUAUAAAGAUCGAAGAGGAGUUUUAAAGAACAGUGACAGAGAGGAAGAAAGUGACGAUAAAGAAAUGGACUGGAUUAAGGACAGAAGCGAAACAGAAUCAAUAGAGGACAUUGACUCAAAGGCAGAAAGGUCACCCAAAGUUGUUCGAAGGAGGACUGCAGCUAACUCAGGAGAGCAAGAGGAGGAGUUACCUGCUGAGCAGGAGGGCAGCUAGGUCUCCUCAAGAAUGUAGAUGCAUCUUUGCCUGAAACAAACACAUCCAGCCAUCUGUUGGUUUCUUUUAGCUUCCUUUUUGCACUGAUGUUCUAUAUCUUUGGUUAAAGCAACCGUUUUAAUUCUUUUGUCAAUAUCCAGUGAAAAGAGGAAAAAAGUUUCUGUUAGGCGCAGUAAAGCAAGACAGAUUUUUUGCUUUUGGUUUUUAUUUAAAGUAAUCAUCAUUUUUUUUCCUUAAUAUCCCCUGCCCCUUGCCUUUAUCAGCUUCAAAUGAAGAGAUUAAACAUUCAAGCGCUUUAUAGUAUUUAGAAGACUUCAGAGCUAGUUGUCUUCUUCACAUUUGCUUUUUGUUUAUGUAAACUGCUUGAUCUCAUCAGUGCCAACCAAGCUUAUACUUCCGAUGAUUUUCCUGUUCCCGUAGAAAACCUAAUAAUGAUUCUAGUUUCUAGCCUUUCCUCUAUAGUGAAGGCAUUGGCUGUAUAGUUUUGAAUUGAGGUAAGCACUUUGAUCAAACACCUUUUUUUGGCAGUCCAAAGUUUUUUUCAUUAUUCUUACUGAGUGUUGGUUGAAAAGCAGUGUUUUUCUGUUGCUUGACAGCUAAAAAAGAAUAGGGGAAAUUCAAUCGUCGUAAUCAUCUCCUACCAAGGCCUCACCCACAGGCACUCAGGUGUGGGUGUGGGUGUGUGUGUGUGUGUGUGUGUGUGUGUGUGUGUGUGUGUGUGUGUGUGUGUGUGCGCAUAGUGCUCCUGAGCCAUUUCUCAUGUUAAAGCUGUUAGGAAAUUCCUUUGGAUGGAACCCUUGGAAGUGGUCUGUAAGCUUAAUACCCCAUUAACAUAUAAUUUGUUAUGUCUGUAGUAAGACAGUGUCUACUUUGCUGUUCAUUUCUCGUUCUGAUCAUAUGUCUUUGUUUGUUGUUUGUAUUGCUGUACAGCACUAGUACAAUUCAUCAGUAGUAGAGAAGCUGAAUUUAAAUGAAAGUUCACAUCCAGUCUACAGUAGCUUGAAUUAUUUUUAACAAGGUUACAUACAUUUUCCUAAUGUUAUUUUUUUCUGUCAGUGUUACUCUUUUUGACCUAUAGGUAGGACAUUAGAAUGAAUGCAGGUUGUAGAUAGAAUGUCAUUCCAUGGAUAAUAUGUGUGCCUCAUCUAGCAUUGUCCAAAUUUUCUGAAGAUUUUCUGGAUUUUUCCAGUUACAGGUUGACUAAAUUGGUAAUUCUUCUAGAAACUGUUCUGCAAAGUUGAAUGUAUCUACAUAAUUUAGUGUGUCAACUGUUUGCAGUAAUUAGAAUGUUCUUAAAACUAGAAAAGCUUUUGGAAAUGUUCAAGCAGUAAUUCAUGGCAGUGUUUCUGUUGCACAAACCCUACAAUGAAGAGCAGAGAUUUCAUGGAUGUUCUUUCAUAAUUUCCGCACUGUUCAGAAUGCCUGCUCAAGCUUGCAUAUUCAGUAUGUCCAAGUUGUCUUUUACCUUUAGCUUCAGAGAUUUGGAGGUAUCAGACUAGCUGCUUUUAAGAUGUUGACUGGAGAAUCGGCAGUUGUGCCUCUGUCUGCAAGCUUUUCAAUUGCUGGACCCUGCAGCAUGGGCAUGCCAAAUAAAAUACACAAGGGAUCCGUGACCAUGCGUAACCUGCUUGGCUUUUAAAAUAUUUUUGGCACGUUGUCAAUGUGGUCGCCUGCCCACUGAGCAGUCCAGGGAGCUCAUUCAGAAGAAAUUAGUUCUGAGAGCCAGGAAGCUGACAGAAUUACUUUGAAGAGGAAAUGCAUGCCCUUUUAUUUAAGUAGAAAGGCCACAAGCAUUGCCUUGUAAUUCCACGUGUUAAACUCUGUUGAGAGCAGAUAGAGUAAAGAUGCAUUUGAUGUACCUCUCAAUGGCUCCAUGCUGCUGUUGGCUUCACAUUUACAAAAUGACACUCCAUGAAGCUCAGCAGUCAAUUCUCACCCAACACAGACAGUAUAUAACUAUAGAACGCCAUCUAAAAUGGUGCUUUAUUUAGGAUGCAGCUGCAAAGAGGAUAAAAAAGUUAAACACAGGCCUGGCCUGUUUAUGUUAGAGAGUUAUAUUAAUGAGUUGUUGCCAAGUUCUGACGAUACUUUUUUUUUUGCCUUUUGAUUCAUACUAUUUCACUAUAAACCAAAAGCCCAGAUGGCAUUUCUUAGGCACACGCUAUAUAGUAUCUGUUUGGGAUUAAAUAUUCCAUCCCACAGCAUAUGGUAGUUAAUUUGCAGCUUCAUCACUGAGCAUUUAGUGGAUUGCUCUGCCCUAACGCUGGCUGCUGAUUGAUGUCCCUGGUGCUUCUGUUUUAUCUUUUGGUGGUGUUGGACAGUAAUUUGGAGGAUUUCAUUUGAAAACACAUAACAGUACCUUGUUUUUGGCCUUAUUUAUAUUGAACACUUUGAUGUUUACACAAGUAUUUAUGUAACAAGUCUACCCUGCAGGGCUUUUAGGAUCCUUCCAUUGUUAGAAUAAUUGAUCAGUGUUUUUCUUGGUAGUCCUGUAUGGAGAGCUUACCUCUUUAAUAGGAACAGUGUUAACAUGCAUUGCAUUUUCCAGAAAUAAUAUACAUAACGUUUUGUUUUAAUCUUGUUUUAUUUUAUUAUCUGAGAGGGCAAUGCACUUUGGAUGAAGCUUUUUGUAAAACUACCAAUAAAUAAGUUGCUGAUUUCAGAAAGA